AUGAAGCACACUGAGAUAAAUCCUAACAUAAAACUCUUAACGAUAGUGCUAGAGGGUCAAGAGGUUGGUAAUAGGGAGUUGAUAGAUAUCAACCUCUUAGAUGAGGGCUUGGAGGUGGCCGUAGUGAGCUUAAAGAAAGAGAUCACCUUGUUUGUAGGAGAGAAGAGAAUUCAAGAUUUCCACAACAUAAUUUAUGUUCAUCCGAUUGGUGUACAUGAUCUCCAUAGUGAGCCACAGAAGACAGAUUAG